CCUUGCAGUGGGGGGAAGGAAUCAAACCCCCAAGAUGGCGGCAGCGUCGGAGGAGCGGAUGGCUGAGGAAGGAGGCGGCGGUCACGGCGACGGCGGCUCUCCUUCGGCCAUUGCCUCUACCCAGCGACUGCCCCCACCACCCCCGCCCCAGCCCCCGCAGCCGGGAUCCCAGGCGCCCCCAGCCCCGGCGCUGGCUCCGGACCAGCUGCCUCAAAACAACACGCUGGUGGCGCUGCCCAUCGUAGCCAUCGAGAACAUCCUCAGCUUUAUGUCCUACGACGAAAUUAGCCAGCUCCGUCUGGUUUGUAAAAGAAUGGACUUGGUCUGCCAGAGAAUGUUGAAUCAGGGAUUUCUAAAGGUGGAAAGGUACCAUAAUCUAUGUCAGAAACAAGUUAAAGCACAACUCCCAAGGAGAGAGUCAGAAAGAAGAAACCAUUCAUUAGCUCGGCAUGCAGACAUCCUCGCUGCUGUUGAAACAAGGCUGUCAUUAUUAAAUAUGACUUUCAUGAAGUAUGUGGACUCCAAUCUCUGUUGCUUCAUCCCAGGAAAGGUGAUUGAUGAGAUUUAUCGUGUGUUGAGAUAUGUCAAUUCUACCAGAGCCCCUCAGCGAGCUCAUGAAGUACUUCAAGAGUUAAGGGAUAUUUCCUCCAUGGCAAUGGAGUACUUUGAUGAAAAGAUUGUUCCAAUUCUAAAGAGGAAAUUACCAGGAUCAGAUGUAUCUGGAAGACUCAUGGGCUCUCCUCCAGUUCCAGGACCUUCUGCAGCCUUGACUACAAUGCAGCUCUUCUCCAAGCAAAACCCUUCAAGACAGGAGGUUACCAAACUCCAGCAGCAGGUUAAGACAAAUGGUGCUGGGGUGACUGUUCUCAGGCGUGAAAUUUCUGAGCUUCGCACCAAAGUGCAAGAACAGCAGAAACAACUUCAAGACCAGGACCAGAAACUUCUAGAGCAGACCCAGAUCAUAGGUGAACAGAACGCACGGUUGGCAGAGCUGGAGCGCAAACUGCGAGAAGUAAUGGAAAGCGCAGUGGGUAACUCCUCAGGGUCUGGGCAAAGCGAAGAGUCUCCUCGGAAACGGAAAAAGGCCGCGGAAGCCAUAGACUCUCUUAGGAAAUCUAAACGUCUCCGGAAUAGAAAGUAAAUCAGAAUGUGCUUCUAGCGUCAGAGGAAGACCUGGCUUUGUAGCUUGACCAGUUCUGCGUAUCUGGACACUGUGCGACAUGGUGUCCGUCAGCUCUAGGCUUUCAGAACACAACUUAAACUUGAACUCUCAUAGUUGGGACUUUUUUUUUUUUCCUGCUUCUCCUCGUUGAACUGAUGCACAGAAUCUUUUUACUUUGCAAUAGAUUUAUACUAACCAGACCUAUUCUAUCAUGUUUUGAGAAGUUAACCUUUUUUUUGUGCAGAUAAUGUUUAAAGCAAAUUUGUUUCUGCAUAUAUGCACAUUACAUAAGGAUCUUAAACCAGUCUUGACAGACUAGAAACUAAGUUUAAUACAGAAAAUGUCCUGUUCACUUGAAAGAAAAGACCUACUUUUUAAAUGGACAGUAUCUUGUUUUUAAAAAAAAAAAGUUGACUUUUUGUUAUAAGUGACCUUUGUCUGGAAUGUCUGAAAAGUAGUAAAUGCUUUUUGGUAUUGAAGUAAUGGGUAACUAAAACGGACUUCCAUAGUAUCGACUGUAGAAGGGCCUCUACAGUAUUGACUAUAUAUUUUUAUAAACUACUGGCAAGGGACUUAUCCAGCUGUUAUAUACAUGUUUUCAGUUCUCUUUUGGGGCCAUGACCUACAUCUGCAUGGAUGCAUGCAUGCAUUGCCUAGUCAACUCACUUAAAAAAGCUCUUGCACUGGUAUUGAUCUUGAACCUCUGUACUUCUCCACUUUUUAGAGCAGUGUCUUAGUUCAUUUAAGCGCUUAACAUCUUCCACCACAACAGCUUGCUUUGGUGGGUGAGGGGGAGUGGUAUUUGUAUGUCCAUUUGUCCUCCAGUUUUACAGAAUAAGAGAGUAUUAAAGCCCGCUGCUUUAGCUAUUCUCUGUAGGGUUCAGGUACACUGGCUAAGACAGAACCCCAAAUUCUUUAUGUUGAUAUCAGACCUCUGGUAACUAAUACUAUUCCUUACUCACCACUGUGUAUGCGCAUUGAUCCAAUGUGGCCAUGACCAGUGGUGUGAGUAGGGAACCCAACCUAUGGGAUGCAAUUGUUUUGCCAUUGAAAAACAGUUCAUUGAAGAAAAUUAUACUAUGAAAAAGCAUUUUGAUUGUUUCCUUUCUGGGGGGGGUGACCUGAGGGAAGCUUUUUAAUGUUAAUUUCAGGCUUUCCUUAUCCUUCACUUUCAACAAAAGCUUUAAUUUCAUUUGCACUCCUGUUUUGAGCUUGUAACUGGAAAAGCAUGUCUUGCACUGUCAAGCUUCUAAGUGGUCACUUUAACAACUGUACAGUGAUUAUUUUCCCCAGUUGUGUAUUUUUGAAACAGUCAACUAUUACUGUCUAGUUCUAUUUUAAUGUACUAAAUUAUGUAGUCAUUAUUUGACUGUUAAGUUAAACAACUGUUGCCUUGGGCUUCAGUUAUUUAAGGUAGACUUAGGUGUAAUAUAGAAUACUAUCCCUUUCCAGGCGGGAGUUUGACACCUUUAUAAAACCUAAGGUUUUGGUAAGUACCUUAGUUGAAGAAAAGCACAAGGUCACUACCUUUUUUUAAUCCGUCCAACAUGAUAUGGUUAUGCAUCCUUGAGAUUACACCAAGUGAAACUUCUUAUCCAUUUUCAAUAUUGUCCUUAACAUAAUAGUGUCCUUAGAUUUUGAUCAGUUCUUUGUCUAACAUUAAAACUCCAUUUACAAUGUAGUUAUGUUUUCAAUGAAAAACCAUAAAAUAACGUCCAAGUGUUUUCAUGGUUUGUUGGGAAGGUAAUUUUAAAAUAAACAAUUUCCAAAAAACAUUUGUCAGCCAAGAUCAUCCAUAAAAGUCCCUGUCUGGAACUCAUUUUCUCAGCAGUUCUCAUUUCUUUAGUCAUAGGAUUUAGCCAUAUUAUCACAACUUUGGAGGAGGCCUACUGGAAUACUUACUCAUGGCCUUUAAUAGUCUGCUUUCCUGGUAAUACGAAGAUGUUUUUAAUUAACAAAGUACAUGUUUACAGGUUUAUAAAGUAUGAUCUUUAUGCAUCAAAGGGAUAUAACCUCAGAUGAUCUUUUUUAAUAAUUAUUUAAAGUUUCCUGGGUUUCUUUUUAAACUCCAUCUAGAUACCCUAAAUGUAUCUACAGUCUUAGUUAACAUGAAUAUUUGGCUUUCAUAAUAAACAUUCACACUAUUAAAAGAUAGAUUUUCUGUUUCAAAAUCCAAAUUUCUACAAUAUACACUUGUAAUCAUCUGCCCAUAAAUUUUAUGAGUUGCACUUGUUAAUGGGUGAAUGUGGCAUAACAGUAGGAAAUAAAGCACUACAGUUGUUUUAAAUCUUAAAUCUUAACUAGCUAAAAUGUGUUAGGAUAUUGCCUUGGCCAGUUUGAUAGCCUUUAUAUGUGCAUUUGGGUAGUAUAAUGGUAUUUAAGUGUCAACACAUCACAAAAUAUUUCCAUCACCUAAAACUGACAUACGUUUCAGGAAAAUUGUAAGUUAGCAACUCGAGAGAGAACUCUCUUACUCUGGAUUGUAGGUCAGUAAUUUAAAUGCUGUAUGUUAAUACUAUGUUAAUAUGUUAAAUAUUAGGACAUUUCAUAAAGUAUUCCCAUCAUCUUCCUCGGCUGGUCUUUCAGAGGAUACUUAAAGUUGUCCCACUUACAAAUUGAUCGCAACACUACAGACAUAGAUAAAAUGUGGAAGGGCGGAUGAAAAACGGAAAGGACGGCCGCCCGCCUGCUCACCCCCAACAGGAGUCUCUGCUUGUUUCCCUCGUGGACUUGGUUUUCACCUAUUCUGAACUAGGUAUUAUUUUAGAACAUGAGGAUAUAGAACCUGUUGUUUCUUAAGCUCUUAUUUUGAUAUACAGAGCCUGGAAAUAAGGACAAACACAAAUGUAAUCAGAGUAAUCAUACUGUUUUAAAAACUUGGGGUGCCAUCAGGUCUAAAACCACUGGUUUUGGAAGCAACAUUUUUUUUUUUUUUUUUUUUUGUAAAACAUGUUUUUGGAGUACUGAACUUUACAGGGGCUUGCCUUAAUCUCUAUUUAGUAGUUUCAAGAUAUAUGUGCUAUUAUUCUACUUGUUAAAAUAUUCUAUGUAGCCCCUAAGGUGGGUAAGACAGAGUAUAAGUAAUGCUUAAAUAAAUAAGCUGAAAGGUGUCACUACAGCUGGAUUUUUGAGAGAAAAUGGACAUAUGAACAUAGGCUAUGUGUAAUAAAAAUAAUGGCACCUUAAGAUUGCACUAUUUUAUGCAUUAUUUUAUAUGCCAUUUCAUAGCCUGCACUUUAAUCUCCAAAGAAACGAUGUGUGAUGUCCCAGUUGUUCCUUAUUAAUAACUGUUUCCUAAGACAGGGCACUUAAUUCUAUUUUACUAUGCCGAAGUAGUUUCUUGGAGGUAAAUUCCUCUUUUGAGUUCUCUAUUUCCUUAGCCAUAAUAUUUUCUAGGAUCUAGGAACUCCCUAUCUUAUUUCCAGCAGUAUAUGAUUUAAUUUAAAAUCUCAUACUUGGUGAUCAGCACAUUCUUAAUAUACCACUCUAGCAAUGAGUACCCAUUUGUUAACACCAAACCUUCUUUAAAAUAAUCAUACAUUGUAAGUAAGAUAUGAAGCCAGGAAUAAAGGCAUUCUGCCUUGUAUGAUGCAAUCUCUUGAAAAUGGCUGUUCCUAAUGUAAAAUCCAAUACAUUCAGUGAUUUGGCUUGGGAUCUGAAUCUCUUUCACUAGUCCUCAAAAGGUUAAUAAGAACUACUUCAAAAAGCUCUGUAGCCUGCCAUCUUGAGAUUAGUUAUUUUCAAGAAAUACUAUAUAAUCUACAAAAUGAAAUUAGCAAUUAGUUGACUGCUGCCUACCAUGAGUUUAUUUUUAAUGGCAAUAUAUUUAUAUUUGUGAUAAAUAUGAUAGGCUUAAGUAAUGGCCUUUUCCAGCUUCCUAAGAAUCUUUGUUAAAUUUCUGAAAUUCAAACGUCAAAAAUUGAAAUUUUUCCUGUUGUGUUUGAAGAGAACCAUGAGAUUUAGAAGCAUAUUGGUAAUCUAUUAGGUCCAUUGCCAAAGUAGAUACUGGUCCGUAUUCAAAACUAUACCUAAAAUUAGAUGCGUUUAAAAUUCCUUUAUGUCGUGCCAUGUCUGUUUACUUAUGGUCAUGAGCAACAAUAAAUUACAAUAGUUUAUCUUCUGGAAUUUUAAUUGUUAUAACCUAAUUUAAUUACUGGAAAGUGAAAAACACCUCCCGGUCACACAACAGGGUACGUAAAUAAAUGUGUUGUUACCAGUG